AGAGAGUUCAGACGUGUCGGUUAGAACCGGCAGCGCAGAAAGAAAAAUAAUAUAUCAGAAAAUAGCCGUCAUAUGGAGUGACACAAUAAGAACCAAAGAAUUCGCCACCUCAGAUACGCUUAAACGUAUGUUGAAAGUGUUUACGUUGAGUUUUUAUGUAAUUUCCCUGCGAACACCAUGUCUCAAAUAGUUCGCAGAAACGGAUCUCCGACGUCCAGCUGUAGCGGCGUGACAGCGGGAAGCCCGACCGGAUCCCCUGGGCUCAGCGCCGCCGGAGUGGGUUUACUGGGUCGUCUGCUGCCAAUGAAAGCCACGGUUCCGUUCCAGCUGAAACCGCAGACACAGCACCCUCUACAGACACGGACGGCGCUCUCCUCCGGUAACGGUAAAUGCCACAGCAGCGGAUGUGAACCACCCGGAACCCACAGCCGAAGCCCCACGCGAUCCCUUUCCUCCAGUGUAUCAAACAGUUCUGCAGCCACCGUGGUAUCAUCUGUUCCCUCAUCAUCAUCUCCAUCAUCAAGAACUAGCCCCAUUAUCGCUGUUCACGUGACUGCGUCAAACGCGAGAGCGCCGCACGCGCAGGUAGCUGUUCCACCAUCCACAUCGUCACCUUACCCAGGUGUGCAUGUCAACUUCCAGUGCUGCUCUCCCUCCCAACAGAUCAGCUGCAUCUCGGAAUGUUCAGGCCCCUUUUCCUCUAAUUUAUCAGCCUCUCCGUCUUCAUCCUCAUCUUCUUCCUCAUCAUCUUCCUCCUUGUUGUGGUCUUGCGGCCAUAGGGCCAAACCCCUUCAGCCCCCUGAACAUGACAGACUCUCCCCAGAGAGACUGAGUCCCAGCUCACCUGUCUGCAAAGACAAGCCUAGACUUCCUGUGGCAGGGUCUUGGUCUACCACCAGCAACAACGGUAGCAUUCGUCGUACCUCCUCUUUGGAUGCGCUAACAGCCCCCUACCUGUCUGGACACUGGCCCAGGGAUGCCAACCAUGCACCUUGUGCCCCCUGCAUGAGGGACAAAUCCACCCAGACCCCCAGCGCCUGGGCAGAUGAAUGCGGAGAGAAGAAGAGGGGCUGUCACAAGCGCUCAGCGUCCUGCGGCAGCACUGACCAGCUUAAAGAGAUUGUGAAGUUGAGGCAGCAACUCCAACGCAGUAAACACAGCAGCCGUCACCUUCGCGACAAGGACCGCAAAUCUCCCUUCAAUGGCAACCAUGCUGCUAUUAACCAAUCACAGGCUCCUAUUCCAAAGAGUGUCCUGAUCUCAAUCCCCAUCUCCAAGUCUUCCGUCUCUCGUUUCCGGAACAGCGUAGAGGGGCUGAAUCAGGAGAUUGAGCGCUUCAUUAUCCGAGACACAGGAGACAUCGAGGAGCAGCUUAUUCCUCAGGAGGCUCCAGACGGGCACAGGGCUCCUCCUCCCCUCUGCCAGCACAGUGCCAGCUCCCGCAGUAUCAACACACAGACGCCCCUGGGCACCGCAGGGGGCAGUAACUACAGCAACAGCAGCAGCCGUUCUCAGUCCAUCUCACCCACGUUCCUAAACGUGCCCAGCGAGCCCUACAGUGAUAGUCUGUCUCCCAACGAGGUUGAGACACUGAUUGAUGGCCGUGAGAAAGAUUUGGCCCCCGGCUCACCCUUACCCAAAUACGCCUCAUCCCCGAAACCAAACAACAGCUACAUGUUCAAACGCGAGCCACCUGAGGGCUGUGAGCGAGUCAAGGUCUUCACAGAGGAAACACAGGCUAGGCCUCCACGAGAGAUCCCACAAUUCCUGUGUCCAGAUAGAAACAAGGUCAACUUCAUCCCCAAGAGCGGUUCGGCCUUCUGCCUGGUCAGCAUCCCCAAACCGCUGAUGCCCUCACAGGAACUCAACAACCUCAAGAAUCAGGCCAGCGUCCGCCUCACACCAGAAUCCGAGCAGCGAGUCUCGCGAAGAAGCUGCGUGCCUUCCCAGCAGUCCUCAGGCUCCUCCCCCUCCUCCUGCCUGUCAGAGAGUUAGACACGCCCCCUCAAACAAGUGUCCAUGAACUCCGCACAGCACAUUUUACUAAUCGCACAUGAUAAAAUGUGGUUGACUCUCAGAGAACACUUUUGUUGGCUUGUUGAGAAGAUAAAAUGGUUGCCUUUUGCUAUGCAGCUUUUUAAGUUUGUUCUUGUUUUGAAAGAACAUGGAGGCUAUCAUUUGGAAUUGGGUUUGUAAAAAACAUAUUUAGCUUAUUAUUCCUCUACCUUUCAUAGAUAAGAGUGAAACUGAGAAUGGGUCUCAGAUUACUAUGAAUGCACUCACAAAUGCUUAGGAAUCUUUCUCAAUUAUUCAAUACAGAGGCGGCUACAUAGAUCAGUUUUUGUGAGACAUUGAUGUAUAUUUUGUAAUAGUUUGCAGUGGAUCGCUUUUACGAAAAUCCUUUUUUAUCUCACUAGGACCAGCACAUCAUUGAAUAAAAAUGAUGCUGUCUUAAUCGGUCAAAUUAGAGACCAAGGGACCUUGUAUUUUGUGUCUGGGUUGAUGAAGGUCUGAAUCCUUUUCACAGUCGCAGGCCUUCUCUUUUCACUCCAGUCCAGACAAAAGCAACAACAGGAGAGCAGAAGGGAACAGUUCUCUGCCUUUUCUCCUCGUCCUGGCAGUGAGGAGACAGAAAGGUGCUAAAGAUGAGAAGAGAGUGAGAGAGCGAGAGAGAGAGAUUUGCUUAAUGGGUCACCAUUGAAGACUGCCAGUCGACUACUGGACAAGUGGCCUGUAAACCGGAUUCUUUUGUUUGCUUAGCUGUAAAAUGCAUUUCAAAUGCAUAUGGGUCCAAACUCUGAACUUCAAACCCAGCAGGGAACAAAAUGAGAGAGGGAGAGUAGGGUAUAGAAGGAUCUUGGUGGACCGAUGAGAUGUUUUCUCACCUCUCACAAUGAUUAAGCUGAUUUAGCUCAAGAAAUGUUUGAAAGAAGGGCAUGGCAAAAGACAAAAAAAAAAAUGUCAAGGGAUGUGGCCUUUAAAUGCUAGUUAACAAUUCAGAUAUCCAUCCGAACAUUAAUGUAAUGUUUCUUAUGAUAUCCAUUUAAAUGGUUUACAAAGUCAGAGCACGGUAUUUUCAUGUGUGUCAUUAAUGAUUUGUCACAUUGCAUGCAUUCUGGGGAAUUCUGUGUAUGUCAUCCAGAUUCAAUCAAAUAAAACUGGCUCCCGUUUUCUCUCCGUUUCAGUGUCAAAAUGUCAUUUCCGAUAUCUAGGGUGCUUUCAUUUUUGUUUUUCACAUUUUAAUUGACCCUUUGUGUCAUGGACGCGACCUUUCCAACCACUUCUUGUUGAGCAUGUCAUAAGCUUGUUUUCAAUACUAUCUGAUAAGUGGUUGCCGCUUUAUGCAGCUCAAACAAUUGUUUUUGUAGACUUUGCCAAAGAGAACAUUUCUAAUGGAUCAGUGACGGUCAUUUAAGAUGAAAGACACUGAAAGAUAAGGUGACAAAGGAAUAGUUCACACAAAAAUGAAGAUUCUCAUCAUUUACUCACAUUCAUGCCAUUCCAGAUGUGUGACUUUCAUCUGCAGAACACAAAUUAAGAUUUGUAGAAGAAUAUCUCAGCUCUGUAGGUCUCUACAAUGUUAGUAAAAGGUGAUCAGAACUUUGAAGCUCCAAAAAGCAGAAAGUCAGUAAAGUAAUCCAUCAGAUGCCAGUGGUUUAAUCAAUGUCUUCUGAAGCUAUCCAGUUGGUUUUGGGUGAGAACAUGUUAAAAUGUACCUACAUUUUUGCUCUACAUCUUGACAGCAGUCUCCUUGAUGAUCAUGGUUUCAAACUCAAUCACACUUCCUAUAAAGCCACCUAACACACUGCGCAUGAGUCGAACUCUAGGAAGUGUAAUCGAGCUAGAAAUCCUAAUCGUUCCAAGAGACCGCAAUGGCAAGGACAGUGAAAAAGGAGUUGCAUUUCGGUCUGUUCUCGCCCAAAACCAACUUGAUCGCUUCAGAACACAUUGAUUAAACCACUGGAGUCUUAUGGAUUACCUUUAUUCUGAAUGAUUUUAUGUGCGUUUUAGAGUUCUGGUCACCAUUCACUUGCAUUGUAUGGAUCUAGAGAGAUGAAAUAUUCAGCUGAAGAUAGUCUAAAAAUCUUAGAUUGUGUUCAGCAGAAGAAAGAAAGUCAUACACAUCUAGGAUGGUAUGAGGGUUAGUAAAUUAUGAGAAUAUUCGUUUUUUUUGGGUGAACUAACCAUUUAAUGCAAAACCAUAGUGCUAGUAGAAUGUUGUGUUAUUCAGGAAUCAAAUUAGGCAUUUCAGCUUAAACCUCAAAAGUGCUUUUGGAAAGUUGUCAGAGGUAUGAACAGGCCACAGAUUGCCUGCGUACAUUUCCCACUAACAACUUGGCUUGUGACCGUCUCAUGUUUUGUGCGCUGUAUGUAGGGUGGGGUUCCUCAGUUUUGUUGGGAAGCAUUAUUGCAGAGUUCCUGUUUUUUUUUUUUUUCUACUUUCUCCUCAGUGAAGUAGCUAAGGUAUUUUAAGCUUUAAACAAAUACAAAAUUAACCUGAAAUAUUUUAGCACUUUUACCAGCAUUACAAAAGACGAAUCAGUUAGUGCAUCUUCUCGUAGCCUCCAUCUUUGAACUGAAAUAAACUCAACCUAUCGUAGAUCAGUACUCAGGAAUGUUAAAGCAGUAAUCUUUUCUGGCAACGGCACAAGAAUUUGAAAAUUUCUCGCUUGAAUACAAAUUUAUAGUGUUAUCAACUGCUUUGUAUACCUCUUUAGGAUAUGUAUUGAAGUAGAGGACUCUUUCGCCGAAGGACCAAUAUUAAUAUACUUUCACAUGGAAAGUGGCCUUAAUUUUCUUUGUCUAAUUAGUGUGGCAUCUAGUCAGUAAGAGGCAAAUGAGUAUCUGUGAAGUGGCAGUGCAGCUGCCAUAUAUCAACAAUCCAUAUGUACAGUGCAACUUAGCAUGGGGACGAUGAUGUAUGUUGUGUGCUGUUUGUCUGGAUGGAUUUUCCAGGCUCUGUCAGAUGUCUUUCCUCAUACACCAUGUAAUCUCCAGUGUUGUUAAUGGCUGUAAGAAACUCAACAAAAUAAAGUUGCACUCUCUCCAAAUGUCUGAGGGUGUUAUUUCAAGACUUGCUUGAAGUUAGAGUUCAGUUUGGGGUUAACUGUUUUUUCCCCCAAAGAUGACAUGUCUUUGUUGGAUGAUAAAGUUUGAUCAUUAGUUGGUGCUAAUAUCAAAGAGAGCUCAAAAUUAAUAAACAAGUUCUCUCAACCUUGAGUGUCAUUAGAAAUGUGUUUUAUCCCUCCCACUGACACAGAAAUGUGGAAAUGAAAAUAUUUGUGCUUUGGCUCUCAGUAAGGGAUGAAACUGAAUCGUAACGUGUUUAGGAUGAGCUCAUGCACACCACCUAGUGGUGAAUACACUUUUAUUGGGCAUGCAUGACACAAAUCAAGAGUGGCAUGCUUCCAAAAUUAUAGACAUCAUUUCUUACAGUCCUCAGGCUGCUAAAUAUUUAUCUUGAUGUGAUAGCUAAAAUA